AUGGACACUUUGCCUACCGCCAGUGGAUUAAACUCAGUUUUAAAUCAAGACAACGCUACCCAGCAGUCCAGUAUGUGGAGACCGUGGACUGGAAAACACAUGGCUCACUCCAUGCAUGGAGACCUUUCAGACGCAAAUCAUCCUAAAGCUCCUCAGUUCAUUCAUCCAGUGAAGCUGUUUUGGCCAAAAUCGAAAUGUUUCGAUUAUCUGUACAGGGACGCAGAAAUGCUCCUGCGCAACUAUCCGGUCCAAGCAACCAUCUGUACUUAUGAAGACUCCAGCAGCGAUGAAGACAGCGAGGAUGAAGAGGAAGAGAUGGAGAAGGAGCUGAACUAA